AUUUACUAGUUAGUUUCCGUCGUACAGCGGUAACGGGGUCGCUGAUGGUUGAUUUAUUUUGAAAAUCUCAGCCGGAUAUGUACACUGUUGCGUACUUGACGCCGGUGUGCGGCUCUUCAAACCACUAGAAGCACGCUCCGUGUGGUCAUUAGGGAUCCUCCCUGAGGGCAGGUGAGUCAAAGAGGCUGAGCUCCGUCUCCUUCGGCCUCACUCUCCGCAGCCGCGAUGAUCCCGGUGGGUGAAUUCCGACACUUUGGGUCCGAGCAGAACACCAAGUACCGCCUGCUGAAGCCGUGGUGGGACGUGUUCUCAGAGUACCUGUGCAUCGCCAUGCUCAUGAUCGGAGUGUUUGGCUGCACCUUGCAGCUCACCCAGGAGAAGAUCGCCUGCCUGCCCACUCCCUUCACCAGCCCCACGCCGGCGGCCAUCGACUGCAGCUACCUCCGGACGUACAGGGAGAACGAAACGGGGCAGCGCGCGCUCAGCCGACCCGAGGAGCCCGUCAUCCAGGAGGCGUUCGGCCGCAGCAACAAGCUGGACAUCCACCAGUACGUGUUCGUCAACCACUACUGCUACGAGCGGUUCGUCCACUGGUACGCCAAGUACUUCCCCUACCUCGUCGUGAUUCACUCCAUGAUCUUCAUGAUGGCGAGCAACUUCUGGUUCAAGUUCCCCGGCACCUCCUCCAAAAUCGACAUCUUUCUCACCAUCCUCGGCAAGUGCUUCGACUCGCCCUGGACCACGAGGGCCCUGAGCGAGGUCUCCGAGGAGAGGCGGGAGGAGAGGCUGGUGACCUGGAGGAGGACGGCGGCCUCCAACGGUGCCGCAGAGCCGCAAGAGGAUGAAGAGGAGGCCGCGGGAGCCGUGUCCCCGCUCAGGUCCGAUCCGGAAAAGAGCUACCCCGAGCUGGAGUCGGCGCUCACCGCCUUGGAUAAGAAGGAAGGGGAACAGGCCAAAGCUCUGUUUGAGAAGGUCAAGAAGUUCAGAACCCACGUAGAGGAGGCAGACGUCUUGUAUUUCAUGUACGUGCUCCAAACCUCCCUGAAAGUGGUGAAGUUUCUCAUAAUUAUUGUCUACACUGGAGUCCUGGUAGCAAACAUCGAGAUAGUAGUCCGCUGCUACGUUCCCCCAGAGCUGACUGGUUUUGAUAUAUACUGCUGUAAUAACAACAAGGCCCAUCUGUUCUCCAAGCUUUCAUACUGCUACAUCUGCCUCGUGGGCGUCUACGGGCUCCUGUGCAUCUACGCCCUCUAUUGGCUGUUCCACCGGCCCCUCAAGGCCUACUCCUUCGAGCACGUCCGGCUGGAGACGGGCAUCGGCGACAUCCCCGACGUCAAGAACGACUUCGCCUUCCUGCUGCACCUGGUGGACCGCUACGACGCGCUCUACUCGAAGCGCUUCGCCGUGUUCCUCUCCGAGGUGAGCGAGAGUCGCCUCAGCCAGCUCAACCUCAACCACGAGUGGAGCGCGCGGAAGCUGCGCGCCCGCCUGGGCCGGAACGCCCGGGACAAGCUGGAGCUGCACCUGCUGACGCUGCCGGGGCUCCCGGACACCGUCUUCGACGUCCCCGAGGUGGAGUCCCUCAAGCUGGAGCAGGUGAAGAAUGUGACCAUUCCCCCCAGUGUGGUGAGGCUGACCUCCCUGCAGGAGCUGUCGCUGCUCUACUGCCCUGCAAAGCUCCAGCUGCCGGCCCUCGUACACUUCAAGGAGCACCUCAGGGUGCUUCACGUGUCGUUUGAACGCCCGGAGGAGGUGCCCGUGUGGAUGUACGUCCUGCACGGCCUGGAGGAGCUGCACCUGAAGGGCCCUUUAACCAACGAGGCGUCCAGAAGCACCACGCUGGACUCCCUGCGGGAGCUCCGAGCUCUGAGGGUCCUCAGCCUCCACUCGGGCCUCACGAAGAUCCCGCCCGCCAUCGGGGACUCGGCGCCGCGCCUGCAGCGCCUGUGCGUCCACAACGACGGCGUCAAGCUGCAGGGCUUCAGCGGCCUGAAGAAGCUGGCCGGCCUCGAGUCGCUGGCGCUGCUGGGCUGCGGGCUGGAGCGCAUCCCGAGCGCCGUCUUCAGCCUGAGCAACCUGCAGGAGCUGGACCUGAAGGAGAACAAGCUCGCCACCGUGGAGGAGAUCCUGAGUUUGCAGCACUGCCGGCGCCUGGUGACGCUGCGGCUGUGGCACAACAGAAUCACCUACGUUCCAGAUCACAUUAGCAAGCUGCGCUCCAUGGAGAGGCUGGACGUCAGCUGGAACAGGCUGCGGAAGCUGCCCGCCAGACUGUUCUACUGCACCAAGCUGAGGCACCUGGACGUCUCCCACAACCAGCUGGGCUGCCUGCCGCCCGAGGUGGGGAUCCUGCAGGGGCUGCAGUUCUUCUCCGCGGCGUUCAACUCGCUGGAGACGCUGCCGGAGGAGCUGUUCUCGUGCAAAAGACUGACCACGCUGCUCCUCGGAAACAACUGUCUGUCCGCCCUCAGCGCCAAAGUGGCCAACCUGACCCGACUGGCCCGGCUGGAGAUCAAGGGGAACCGCCUGGGGUCCCUGCCGCCUGAGAUAGGGAACUGUUCCCACCUGACUCGCAGCGGGUUGGUGGUGGAGGAGAGUCUGGUGGACCUGCUGCCAGCACACGUUCAACGCAGGCUGACUAAUGACUGAGGUCCAACAGUAAUGGACUCCUUGUAGCGUGGGGGGUGAAUAUUGAUUCAUGCCAUUAGUGUGAAUCUUUAAUAGUGCAGAGCUCAGCAUAAAAAAAGGCAAACACUCCAAACUGUUGGUGAGUGACACAUUUAUUUGUAUGUUUUUAUGCAUUUUGUUACAUAUCUUAAAUAAGUCACGUUAGAAGGUAACGUUACAGAAUAAAUACUUACAAAAGUG